AUGAAGGAUAUUAUGACUACUAUGGAUGUAAAAGGCAUAAAUUGGGUUGGAAACAUGUACCAGAAAUUCGAAAAUAUGUGUCUCGAGGCAGAAGAUCUGAUGUGUGAGGAUACGGUUGAAUAUAUUGAGAAUCAGGUGCAGAAUGUUGGAGAAAGUGUGAAAAAGUUAUAUUCCGAUAUCAUGAGAGAUUUGAUUCCUUCAAUUUCAUGUAUUUUGGAUGAAAAUGACAAUGACUAUGAGUGGCCAAUAGAUCGACGUACCGACCCUAGGUUCGGUAAGAAGCAGGUCCAAACUUUCAUGGAAGGACCUGCAAAGGCUAAUACCAAGCAAACAACCGAGCUUCGGAAGAUUGGUCUUAAUCUUGAUAAAUAUGGCAUACAUGCUGCAACAUAUGAUGGAUCUGGUAAGACCGGUGCUUUCUUUACUUCAUCUCCAAGGAAGUCUGUCAAAAAAAGCAAUAUUGUUUCACGUUCGAGACAGCACAUCGGGAGCAUGGAUGUUAAGUCAAAUCGAGGUGUUGAUGUAAACGAAGUAAAUGAAAAAAUGGUUGCAAAGGAGAUUUUCAAUGAAAUCCCUACGGUAGAAACAACAGAUACAGGCAUUCCAUCACAAUGUUGUGAGAUAUCGAACGAGGAUCAAAAUCAUAUUGCUUGUGUUUCAAAGCCAGCUUCAGAUGAAAAAAAACAGAUCGAUACGAGUUCUUAUGAUGAUCAGAGUCAUAAAACCAUGCAAGAAGAUCUGAAGCUUGAGGAAACAUGUGUUAUGGUGACGAGCGACGAUCUCGAAUUAGUCCCCAAAGAAAUUGCGAAUCUGAAGGCUAACAAGAAGACAAUGCGGAAAGGCUUUUCGCUAUCGAAGAAAUCUGCAAGAAAACAAGAGUAUAAAGAGCUUGCAGUGUGGCAUGGGAAGAACGGAGAUUUAAUGAAGAAUUUAGAUGAAACUUGUAAUGUGUCUGAACCUGAAUGGGAGCUUCUGUAG